AUGGUGACCAAAAGGAAGGGUAGCUAUGUUGCGACCGGCGUGACAGCCAAAGGGAAGGCCAGGACGGAGAAUGCGAACUUGGCGAUCAUGCUGCGCGCGAAGGAGGUAGCUCUCGCUGUCCGCGAAGCAACCGUCGCCGCUCGCGGGGCCGCGAUGGCGAAUGAGCAGCAGCAGCAGCUGUUCGAUAAUUCGGGUGCCCCAUACACCGGGGGGUUGUGCAUUCACGCGCAAUCGGUAGACUCCCACAACAAAAACAUCAUGCCUACCUCGGAGGAUUCCGAAAUCGACCUCUCCACCCUCAGCAAAGAAGAGCUGCAACAAGAAGUUCAACGAAGGGUGGACGCCCAACUUGCGAAGGAGAGAGCAGAAAUCGCCCCACUGCCAGCAGAACAGCAGUCACCUACCAUCGGCGAGCAGUCGCUACGUCCCACACCAGCCGACAUACCGCCCACCGGCAACCAGCUUUCACCCUCCAGCCUGGGAUCCCAAUCCUUCAACAAUCCCACCAACGUCGCCAGCAUCGUGGCGCAAGCGGUCAAGGCGACAGCCGGGGCCAUGUCUGGACAUCAGGGCUUUGCCCACGCAGGCACGUUUCGUGUCAACCCCGGCUCUGAAAUAGACCCUUGCCUUGGAAGUGUGAAGAAAGAGCAGGAUUUGUAUAUUAUGUUUGAAGUUUUUCGCAGUAAGAUGGUGUCGUAUUUUCAGGAGGAGGGUGUAUAUGAUGUAUUAGGGAUCACUGAUGUCAAGGUUGGCAAGAGGGGUGUGGAUCUAGCAGAGCUAAGGGGCAUCUUCGGGACUGAUGUGGUGGACAAGUCGUUGAAGUUGUGGAAUAUUAUCAUCAGCAAGAUUCUAUACCCUCCGAUCCAGAACUUGAUCAUGGCAUGUGAGAGUCCCCAGCAGGGGUGGAAGAUCGUCACGAAUUUCUACCAAGAGAAGAAGGAGUCUGAGAAGACUAGGCUUGAGCAAGAGUGGUUGGCGUUAGAAAUGCGUGAGUCGGAGAACCCACAGGAUUACAUAGCAAGGUCGGAAGCUCUUCGAUUACGUCUUGCCUCAGUAGGAACUAUCAAAGACACAACACAUGCUUACAAGGACGUUGUGCGCGGCCUUCCCCCAUCGUAUGCCGUGCAAGAAGGAAUAUUGCAAGCAAGCGAUGUCGUGACUUUGCAUGCCCUUGAGACGGUGGUGAGGGACGCCCACAUGGAGAUGGAGCGCGAGAGGAGCAAGGAGCAGAGGCGAGAGGCGGAGCUCGCCCUCGUCGCGUCCGGUGCGAGCCGGAGCGGCGGGGGCAAUGGGGGGGCAUCCGGGGGACAAGGAGUAGUCGACGGUCAAGACCGUGAAAUCCGUGAUGGCGAGAGAAACCGUGACGUCAUCUGCGGCGGACGCGCACGAGAGCAGCCGCCGAGGAUCGUCACGGGGGUGGCGGCGGAGGCCGUGGCGGCGGCUGGAGCCAGCGAGGAGGAAGACCGCCGUCGGGAGCCGGCCGGGGUGGCGGGCGUUGGGUGA